AAUCCGGGACGGACGCAGAUGACGCGUAGAGCGCAUGCGUGGAGUGCAGUAUGCUUAUGAAAAUGGUUACUGUGCGUUCCUUUUCAAGGUAGCUGUUGUAACCUUCGCUCAAGAAAGCGCUGCUGUAAAAUGGCAGGAGAGGAAGAGGAGAACAGUAGCAAGGGCUUCAAGGUGCUGGGUAUUCUGGAUGUCCAGAACACUCCAUGUGCCAGAGAGGCCAUCCUGCACGGAGCUGGAGGUUCACUAGUCGCUGGCAUGCUGCACUUUUUGGCCACCAGUCGAGUGAGGAGGUCUUUUGACGUGGGAUUUGCAGGCUUCAUGCUCACCACACUGGGAUCAUGGUUCUACUGCAGAAUGAGUAACGCUAAGCUACGUAUGCAGCAGAGGGUGAUCCAGGAUGGCCUCAAGAACAAAGUCAUUUAUGAAGGGACCAGUCUGGACCCCACAGGCAAACCCAGGCUCGAGACGCCACCUGGACCCUCGUGACCCCUCAACCAGCUUGUUUUGACUAUUGCAAUUUCCAAAUGACAAGAGAGCGUGCAGAUGUGUCCAACAUCUUCCUAAACAGUCAUUUUGCAUGCCAGGGAAAGCCUUCAAUCUCAUUGACAGAAAGGAAAAACUCGGCUUUAGUUCUCAUGCACCAGCCCCACUGUCUUGCCUGAGAUGUAUCACAAUUCAUAUCCACAUGUCAAAACAAUCCUGAAAUCAUUAAUUCCAUCUUUUGUUGACUUGGAGCACUUGGACCGGGACAUUCACAAGAUGAAUUCUCACUGCCAUCUACCCUGAUGCCUGGCCUCCUGUGGUUUCAGUGACUCCUUCCUAGUCUCUUAACCAACUAUAAAACACAGUAGAGAACUCCACUGCCCUCAGGCUGUAAUGUAAUAGCACCACAUGCUUUGAGGUUUGUUCUCUUGUGCAGCUGGCUCAUUUUUUUCUGGCAUUUCUGUGGUGGUACCAUGAAAACAGCCUUAGCCACUCGUGAGCCAGUCCAAAAAACAGUAUAAAAAUAAAUCCAGAAAACCAGAAAAUAAAAUUCACAUAUAAUAGCAUAGGGAAAAAAAUGGAAACCAUUGUUUUUGUUUUAAAUUACUGUGUUGUGUAUUUUCAAUGCAAUGGCUCAGAAUGGUUUUAAGUUUAAAGAGGCUUAAAAUGCCAGAAAAUGAUCUAAGUGUACACGCCCUACAUCAGAGGAGGGGUUGUUGAUUUCAUUACAGACUGAAAUUGGUUUAUUUUUUAGGGGUUUUUUUUAUUCAGAGCUGGUGGAAAUAUGGCAUACAUGAAGGAAAGGUCUAGACUCUAGACCCUUCCCUUAUGUGUCACAAACAGGCAUCUAUUCUCCAUUUUAUAUAUAAGGAUUGCAUAUAAACUUACACAGAACUGUGAAGCAGCCAGUGUGUCAGACAGAACUGGUCUUAUAUUUAUUGCACUGUCUGUUGUGUAAUGUUAUGGGACUGCUGGUUCUCUGAAUGAUUGUUUUUAUGUAAAAAUGGUCAGUAAGAGGGUAGCACAUCAGGGCAGCCAUAAUUAUUUUAUUAUUUAGUUUUUGCCUGAUUGUAUGGUGAAUAAACUGUUAAUUGAACAAAG